AUGGGUUGGUGGAACUAUAAUUUCAAAUUGUCCACUGUGAUUCGACUGGCAUUCGUUUCCUCGUCAUUGCUCAUUUCACUAUGCCUGUUUUUGAUAAUGAUGACGUCCAGGGAGAUUUCGGAGUUCAGAGAGCAGACGUUAGAUGAUUUGAAGGAGUGGAAGUACUUCUCUGACGCCGCCUGGAAAGAAAUCACAACCCAAACCAUCCGCAAAACUCGAAGUGUAAGUGGAAACGCGGGAAAUAGAUUCUGGACCAAAAGAUCUUAUGACACCUACGCCCCAGCUCAGCAGCAAGUCAACUCCUACGCCAGAGUGAAUAGUUAUGCAACCGCUCCAGUUCUCCAACACCCAACCCAGCAAAUUGACCAGUGUAACUGCGCUCAACGUGCCAACAACUGCCCUCCUGGUCCACCAGGUCCUAUUGGUUAUCCCGGAAUGCCUGGUGAACCUGGUGAUCGAGGUCUUGAUGGACGCCCUGGUGCCAAUGGUGUAGCUCUAACCGCCUAUGACCAAGAGGUCCCAGGAUGUAUAGUUUGUCCACAAGGACCACAAGGGCCUCCAGGACCAACUGGUCAGGCAGGACAUCAAGGAGCUCCUGGACUACCUGGAAACCCCGGAUACACCCCACCACCAGGUCUUCCAGGACAACCAGGCCAAUGUGGAGAUAAGGGAAGAGAUGGACCAAGUGGAACACCAGGAAUAAAAGGAGAACCAGGACAAAACUCGAUCCGCCAUGUUUGUAUUCCCGGAAGAAAAGGUGCUCCAGGCCCCCCAGGACAGUGUGGACCACCAGGACCCCCAGGAUACACACCACCACCAGGGCCACCAGGGCCUCCAGGAGAGCAAGGAGAGGAUGGGCAAGAUGGAGAACCUGGAGCACCAGGAGUCACCGGGUAUCCAGGAGUACGUGGGCCACCCGGACAGGAUGCAGAGUAUUGUCCAUGCCCACCUAAAAACGCUGGAUCUCUGCAAGUUAUGCUAUUGCUCCUCCACAAACCCCACAAAACCGUUACGUCAGCGAGUACAACAAGGAGGACGAGUAUCGGAAGAGAGUGUUGGCGAGAGUGCUCAAGAAGCAGCGAAGACUUCUGCUGGCCACAAGAGCGAAGAAUGUCAGAAGAAAACCUGUUAAUCAUAAUUCCACCACUGCUGUUAUUAAUCACCCAGCAUGAGAAUUUUGAAAUAAAAGCUUAUUCAAAAAAUUAG